ACUCUGGGAAGAAUUCUUCACAAUCAGAGUGUUUCUCAGCUUCCCUAUGGCAAAGCCCUCUACACAUAUGAGGGAAAAGAGCCUGGUGACCUCAAGUUUAACAAGGGGGACAUCAUCAUACUGCGGCGGAAGGUGGACGAGAACUGGUACCAUGGGGAGCUCAAUGGGAACCACGGCUUCUUCCCUGCCAGCUACAUACAGUGUAUCAAGCCCCUCCCACAAGCUCCACCUCAGGGCAAAGCACUUUACGACUUUGAAAUAAAGGAUAAAGAUCAAGACAAGGACUGCCUGACCUUCACCAAGGAUGAAAUUUUGACGGUCAUCAGAAGGGUAGAUGACAACUGGGCAGAAGGAAUGCUGGGUGACAAGAUUGGCAUUUUCCCUAUCCUCUAUGUUGAACUGAAUGAAUCCGCCAAGCAGCUCAUCGAGAUGGACAAGACCUGCUCAGCUGCUGCCUCCGGCUGCGACAUGCCACUGCCGACAGAGACGGCGGCAGUGGCAGCAUCAGCAGCGGUGGGUCUGGCACCGUGCUCCACACUGGCUGGUGCUGGGGCAGCAGGGGCAGCCCAGCGGCAGGCAGAAGGCAAGAAGAAUGCCAAGAAGCGCCACUCCUUCACCGCCCUCAGCAUGACGCACAAGUCCUCCCAGGCUGCCAGCAACAGGCACUCCAUGGAGAUCAGUGCUCCCGUCCUCAUCAGCUCCAGCGACCCGCGGGCAGCUGCCAGGAUUGGGGACCUGACUCACCUCUCCUCCAGUGCCCCAGCCCAGGAUUCCUCUUCAGCUGGAACUGCCACAGUGGCUGUUCCCAGGACAAGUGCAAUAACUGGAGAUCAGGGAACACCACCGAAGGUCCAGCUCCCCCUCAAUAUCUACCUAGCCCUGUAUGCCUACAAGCCUCAGAAGAACGAUGAGCUGGAGCUCCGCAAAGGUGAGAUGUACCGGGUCAUUGAGAAGUGCCAGGACGGCUGGUUCAAGGGGACAUCUCUGAGGAGUGGGAUGUCUGGCGUCUUCCCAGGCAACUACGUGACUCCUGUUUCAAGGGUGCCAGUGGGAGCUGGGCAGCCCAGGAACAGCGGAGCCACGGGAGUUCCAACAACAAAAGGAGCCCCAGGAGUCAUCCACCCCAUCGGGGCUGGUCACACCAACACCUCCACAGCUGUCAGACCGGUUGUUCCCAUCACUGCUCCCCAGACACAUCCUCAGCUACAGGCAGCCUCUCCUCAGCUGAAUAACUGCUUGAGGUAUUCAGCUCAGCAGCCAGCCAGCCAGACCCGCAACGCCAUGCAGAUGGCUCACCCCCAGGUGCCGGCCCCGGAGCGGCCCACCGCCACGGUCUCGCCCCUGCGGACGCCCAGCUCGCCCUCCCGCCUGCCAGCAGCAGCCAUCCGGCCUCACCCUGCCGUCUCCCCACAGCACGGCCACCAGCCGCCCACCCCAGGGGCCCGGCCCCUCAUCCCCCUCACCUCUGCCGCUGCCGCCAUCACCCCGCCCAACGUCAGCGCAGCCCACCUCAAUGGUGAGGCGGGCAGCGGGCCCCUGGGUGGCCCUGUCACCCCUGGCCCUGCCAGCAAGGCUGAGGAGAGAAAGAAUGAGAAGAAGGAGAAGAAGAGCGGGCUGCUGAAACUUCUAGCAGGAGCAUCAACAAAAAAGAAGUCACGCUCCCCACCGUCCGUGUCCCCCACACAUGAUCCCCAGGCAGCCAUCGAAGGAGUCCUGCAAGGGGCAGUGGGACCUGAGCUCUCCUCGCUCUCCAGCCAUGGCAGGGCUGGCUCAUGCCCUAUCGAGAGUGAAAUGCAGGGAGCCAUGGGGCUGGAGCCUCUGCACAGGAAAACAGGCUCCUUGGAUUUGAAUUUUUCCAUUCCUUCUCCUGCCAGGCAGCCCCUCUCUUCCAUGGCAGCUAUUCGGCCAGAGCCCAAGCCUUUGCCCCGGGAAAGGUACCGCGUUGUGGUCCCAUACCCGCCACAGAGCGAAGCCGAGAUCGAACUGAAGGAAGGUGACAUUGUGUUCGUGCACAAGAAACGGGAGGACGGCUGGUACAAAGGGACAUUGCAGAGGAAUGGCAGGACGGGCCUCUUCCCUGGGAGCUUUGUCGAGAGCUUCUGAGGACAGCUCGCCGCUCUCUCAACUGGAGGAGCUUUCAGGGGAAACUGCAUAGCACAAGAAGAGACAGCAAAGAGAAACUGGACUGAUAACCACUGCCAUUUUUAUUUCCAAAGACUCCCCCCAGGCCCUUCAGUCUACAGCUCUGGAGACACAGUGCCCCACUGUUCUCCUGAGGCCGUGUGCAGUGCAUACAGUGGUAUGUUGAAGUAGUGCCUUCCACCUGGAAUCACAGACUGAAAGGACGCCCAUCUGGACUGUACGUAACCUAAACUCCGGCUGUUAACCCUUUGUGUAAAUUAUAGAGAAGAUAUCUUUAAAAAA